GCAUCCCGCCGCCGUUUUAUUGUGCAGCGCGCGGCUGCUGAUAGGCUGCGCUGUAGGCGCGUGAAGGCGCGUUAUGUAAUUGCGGUGCUGGAUGCCUCCAGAGUCUCUCAGUCAGCGCUGAAGUCGCGAAGCCGAAGGCGGGAGCGAGCGAACGUGAAAGCAAGAAAGAGCGAAAGCGAGAUUAAGAGCGCCGCGCGGCACUCGGACUGCACCGCAUCGCAUCGCACCGCCCCACGGAGCGCCAUGGACUGCAGCAGCGAAGACUGCACUAAGCAGCAAGAUGAGGAAGUGCUGGACAUUCCAUUGGAUGACCCAGAGGCAAAUAAAGCAGCAGCAAAAAUCCAGGCCAGCUUUCGCGGCCACAUGACCAGAAAGAAGAUCAAAAGUGGCAAACCUGGAGAAGAGGUGAGGAUCAACAUAAGAGAAUGCUCAGCACAUCAUGAAUUGUGCAACAGAGAAUUAGGAGGGAACACUAGUGAGCGGGCUUAUUAUACUCCACACCAGAUGUGGCUGAAUCCUGAAAUCAUGUCCAGCUCAGCCAGAUUGUCAUACGCUACAAACUAAAGGUGGUGACUGUCU